GAGAGGUUGUUUGCCUGAAGUCAAGAUGGCAUCUUGGCUUUGCUCUCGUGGUGUUUGUCACCUCCGCUGUGCCCGGAAAGUGCCUCCUUCGUGCCGUGCUGAGGUAUUCCCCUGGUGCUGAGCUGCAGAGGCUCUGUGCAAAGCCAGGAGUCUGCUGCAGGGCUCUGGUAUAAGGAAAUGCUAGAUCUAGUGAUAUCACCCAGUCUGACUGUAAAUAGAGAGUGCCCUGACAGACUGAAGCUUAACCUUUCUCACAUUUAUGCCACGGCUCCAGAUGACAUAGAAGGCAGCAGCAAAGCAGCACCGCAGUGUCCUCUCCAUCUGUACACCACAAAACAUUAUCCCCAUUUAGUGCCAGUGCCGUCCUUCCCCACGAUGGCAGCCUAUGGACAGGCUCAGUACAGCACGGGAAUCCAGCAGGCUGCUGCCUACACUGCCUAUCCCCCCCCGGGGCAGCCCUACGGAAUCCCCUCCUACAGCAUUAAGACAGAGGACAGCCUGAGCCACUCCCCAGGGCAGAGUGGCUUUCUCAGCUACGGCUCCGGCUUCAGCGCGCCCGCGGCGGGGCAGGCGCCCUACACCUACCAGAUGCACGGCACAACAGGGAUUUACCAGGGAGCCAAUGGCCUGACAAAUUCUGCAGGAUUCAGUGCUGUGCAUCAGGAAUAUUCCUCGUAUCCCAGCUUCCCUCAGAGCCAGUACUCUCAGUAUUACAGCUCGUCCUACAACUCCCCGUACGUGUCUGCCAACAGCAUCAGCCCCUCGGCCAUCCCCACCUCCACCUACUCCCUGCAGGAGUCUUCCCACAACAUCACCAGCCAGAGCACAGAAUCACUCUCUGGGGAAUAUUCAACAACACCAGCAAAAGAUGUGGAGACAGACAGACAUCACAGAGGGUCAGAUGGCAAGGUACGAGCCCGGUCAAAAAGAAGCAACGACCCUUCCCCUACUGCUGACAGUGAGAUUGAGCGUGUGUUUGUAUGGGAUUUGGAUGAGACGAUAAUUAUUUUUCACUCCUUACUCACGGGAACCUUUGCAUCCAGAUAUGGGAAGGACACCACAACGUCAGUGAGGAUAGGUCUCAUGAUGGAAGAAAUGAUCUUCAACCUUGCAGAUACACAUCUGUUCUUCAAUGACCUGGAGGACUGUGACCAGAUCCACAUAGAUGAUGUAUCAUCAGAUGAUAAUGGUCAAGAUCUAAGCACGUACAACUUCUCUGCAGAUGGCUUCCACAGUUCCACUGCCAGUGCAAACCUGUGCCUGGGCUCGGGGGUCCACGGGGGAGUUGACUGGAUGAGGAAAUUGGCGUUCCGCUACCGCCGGGUCAAAGAGAUGUACAACACCUACAAAAACAAUGUGGGGGGUUUAAUAGGAGCUCCUAAGAGGGAGACCUGGCUGCAGCUGAGAGCUGAGCUGGAGGCGCUGACUGAUCUCUGGCUCACACACGCUCUGAAGGCGCUGAACUUGAUACAUUCCCGGCCUAACUGUGUGAAUGUGUUGGUCACCACAACUCAGCUUAUACCAGCUCUGGCUAAAGUGCUUCUCUAUGGGCUGGGUACUGUCUUCCCCAUUGAAAACAUUUACAGUGCAACAAAAACAGGGAAAGAGAGCUGUUUUGAAAGAAUAAUGCAGAGGUUUGGAAGGAAAGCCGUGUACAUUGUAAUAGGAGAUGGAGUUGAAGAGGAACAGGGAGCAAAAAAGCACAACAUGCCCUUCUGGAGAAUCUCUUGUCAUGCUGACCUGGAAGCUCUUCGGCACGCCUUGGAACUUGAAUAUUUGUAGCAGACCCCAACACCUUAGCACUGGGAGGGCUUCACUCAGACUCUUACAUCGGUUCCAGCUAUUCCUCAAUGUUUUCUUAGUAAAGAAAAUCCCACAGCAACUGCAGUUUUUCUUUUUUUUGAAGGAGAACCCUUUCAGUGGAAGCCUUUAAGAACUUGCAGCCAAAGAAUAUUGUAUCAAGUCCUCCUUCCUUUGGACAGAGGAGAAUCCUCCUGAUCAGUCACUGGGAUCCUGCAGUUGCUGGCUGAGGUGGAGACACAGAGCUCUAAGGGCCUUUUUGCCAUCAACAAGGCAAAUGCUACAAGUCUGGGUCUCCCUGUCAGCAUUCUUGGUUUUGAAAGGGGAAGAGGACAACAGAACAAGGAGUCUGCACAAUCCAUCACACCACACAGAACCUUCUGAAAAUAGGAGUGAAACUGUUGAUUUUUUUUUUGUUUUGUUUAUUUUCUUUUUUUUUUUUUUUUUUUUGUAUUUUUUUAAUUUAUGAACUAAUCUCAUUACUCUGGUAUUAAGCUCUGUACCUGUUUUUCAUCUGGCUUUUGGGGGUUGGGGGGGUGGGGAAAGUCUUACUGUUCUAAAUUAAUAGUUCAUUUCUCCAGAACAAACUCUGGGGAGAAUCAUAUUGUGUACAUGAGUAGAAAGGACACAUGGUACUGCUGGUAAGAACUGUGGCUGUGGUUUUUAACCUUACCAAGAGGGUACAAGGACUGUGCCUGUGUCUACACGGUGCCUUAUGCUGCCGUCUUGGGGCUGAGGAUGGGGGAAAGUACCUUGUGAUGAGUGAAAGGCAUUAAAUAAAAACAUGUUUACAUUUUGGGGGACUGGAGUACCUGCCUUCUCUCCCAGCACUCUUGGAUCUGAAGGUAGCAGGUGGAACGUGUGCUCCCUGUUUCAAGGCUGGCCUGGUAAUCUUGCUGUCAAAAUAUUUAAAUUCUCUGGGCCUGGAUGGAUCUCUUAGUUUGAAAAUGGCUGAUUGUUCUUUGCUGUGGCACCAGGUAAGGUCAGAAGGAUCAAAGCCCCUCUGGAAGGAGGGGUUAGAGAUGCAGCAAAUGCUACAGCCCUCACCUCUCAAAGGGUUACACAAGUGCUACACAAACCUGAGGGAUACUCCCAACUUCUACAAACAUUUAGGGAAAACAGUGCUGGACCUGAGAGGGGAUUUUCUACCAAGCUAAAGAUGAAAUUAGUCCAAGGCAGCAACCCCACAGCAGCUGUGACCCAAGCCAGCCUUUCAGUACACACUGUGGGGGCAUUUGCAAAGAGCUGCUCUCUGGGCUUAGCACAACUCCGUGCAAAAUGUCACUUUUCUAGCACAGCCAUUGCAGGGCUCAGGGCUUGCUGAGCAGAACGUUUUCAUCACGGUUUCCCUGCUGUAAGAAUGGUUUUCUUCACUUGUGAUAUAACUUCCUAUUUGUGACAAAGACAGUGGAGAACUGACUAAUGCUUGCAUAACUUUUGAAAGAGGAAUAAAUGCCAGGGAUUGCAGAUGACCAGAGAAGCACAACUUCAGCUUUUAAGACCCCAUCCAUCAGCUAAUUUAUCUUCCUUGAAAUUCCAAAUUUAACACCUGACUUGAGUCAAUUGUCUGAGCACUGAUUCUGGGUUUUUUUCUUAAAGAUUCUUGGAAGAUUUUGCUUUCAGAAUAUAUUUAAAGGUUUGAAGGCUCUUGGUUUUGCUGCUGACAUUCUUAGCAGAACUUUGGGUGGGACACACCACGGGUCAGGAACACAUCUGUCACACAGGUGUCACCACUUCCUUCCAGUCCCCAUGGCACAUUUGUCUCUCAGUGCAGCAACAGUAUCAGGAUUUACUGAUCCAGGCAAUUUAUCAUGGACAGAAGAGGGGAUCUACAGCAGGUUUGUACUUGGGAACAUCCAGAAGGCCUGGGAACAUGCACAGACACAUGUACAGGUCUUGCUCAGCUCCUUCACCUGUAGUUUUAUGUAUUUCUACAUUUUCUACAUACUUUACUGGGAUUUGGUCACCUGUUAUUUUAGAGGAGGGAAGAAAACAUCUCUUCUAUAGAAAAGAACAAUGCUCAUUAAUUAAAAAAAACCCCUCCACAGGCUGUAACAGGUGUCACAAAGCAGUGGGGCUUCCUACAACAACUUGUACAUCACUUUCUUUUUGCUCUAACACAAGGCCUUGUUUCAGCAUCCAAGUUCCAUGGGGAAGGCCAAACCUCACUUCAGGCUUUCAAGUUUUGUGCUUUUCUGUAAACAAGUAGCACUGGGAACAUGAACGGUGGUUGCUUUACAAAUGCCCAGAACAAGGUAACUGCAGGAGCAGGAACUUCAGACAGUAUUCAUAGAUUUUACAACGCUUCAUAAGCUCCCUGUUUCUUUUAACUUAAUUAAAAAUAAAGACACGCACAGAGAAGUCUUGCCCAAUUCAUGCUCUCUUGAGGGGCUGCAGUUGCACUCAGAGCCCCCAUUUCUACCCACAAAUACACCUAACACUGACAUGUAUCUGUCCAACCCCAAUCCAACCACUGAAUAAAUGAUACACAAUAUCAAACUGGACAGGCCUGGAUCCAAAGGUCCCACAUUUCUGAGACAGAAGAUGCCAGCAUAGGUGAAAUUACCUGUGAUCUGGAGACUGUGCAGAAAUGAACAUUCCUCCAGACUGAACCAAAACUGGAAAUCCAGGAACACAGAACAUUUUUCUAAAACAGUUUAAUAAAAAAAUUGUGACGUUUCCUGAAAAAUUGGAGAAACCCAAAGCAUAUCGUGUGUGUCACCUGUCUGAGUCACAAAGAAACACAAUUGUCAAAAAAGAUAUUUAAGUUUAAUACAAAUUUUAUACAAAGAAAAUGUGAAAAAAUACUUCCAUAUGCUAAAAGCAAUUAUGCUUCACAAAUAAGGCCAGCUAGGCUAGUUUUGACACAACUGCAAUUAAUGAAUAUUCUGUUCUCACUUUUUUUUAUUCUAAUACUUUUUUCCCUCUAAUCUGGGUACUAGCUGGAGACUGUACAAACCGCAUUCUUAUAUAAACAAUGGGAGAAAUCAACAUGACUAAAAUGUACAACAGAAUGUACUGGAAUGAUAUCAUACAGUUAAUUUUCUCAUAUACAUACAUCACCUUUGCUUUGUUCAAUGCUUUCGUUUUACACAACAUACAAAAUGGGACUACAGCCUCAGUGUAACAGACAGCAUCUCCAGGGGGUACUUCCUCUCAUACUGCACUGCUUCAUGCUUACAGAAAAACAUAAAUUCCAUCAUAUAAAUAAUACAUGCUCUGGCCCAGCAUCAAAAGUCCUUUGCCCAUGUUUCCCAAUGCAUGUUUUUCUCCACACCUAGUUCUUCAAAGUCCUUUGGGAGAAUUUUUAAAAAAUAAGAAAACUGUGAAGCAUAGCAACAAACUUUACUUUCCUCAAUCUUUGAUAUCAGUCAUCAGAAAUCCUGCUACAAUCCAGCUGCUAUUACACUUUGCAAAUUUUCUGAUCUUAGACUGGAUGAAAUUUUAAAGUAAUUUUAACCUGUAAACAACGUUAAUAUUUGUUGUCAUCCU